AUUAUCCCUGACCCUGACCCGCUUGUCUUAAUGGAUUAUGUUCUGUUGUUUUGAUGAGCUUGGAUAGGCUGGCGCAUUGGUUGGUGAGACCUUUAAGUUCUUAGCCUGACGGUUUACUCAAGCAUGGCUCAUAGGGAAAGGUCAUCCAGGUAAGAAAUCCAGGUGGGAUGCUUGGCGGCAGUCAUCUGUUGGGAGGCGGGUGGCCAUAACAACCUGCCGCCGCUUCCUUCGCAACGGGGCCGAGAGUGACGCGAGGCUGUGGUGACCAAGGCACAGAGACAUGGCCAUAGCUGGACCGCCGGGGCUGGAGUUCGAUCACAACUGGCCUGAGUCGGCAGAGUGUUUGACGCUGGACUUUGGGCCGUUCGAGACCGUCCACCGAUGGAAGUGUAUGCCAGAGUGUGAUGAGUUUGUCGGGGCACGACGGAGUAAACACACAGUGGUGGCAUACAAGGAUGCCAUAUAUGUGUUCGGCGGUGACAACGGGAAAUGGAUGCUGAACGACCUCCUGCGGUUUGAUGUGAAGGAGAAGUCUUGGGGGCGGGCGUUCUCUACUGGCACCCCCCCUGCACCACGCUACCAUCACUCUGCUGUGGUCCACGAGUCAUCCAUGUUCGUCUUUGGGGGCUUCACCGGCGACAUCCACAGCAACAGUAACCUCAAGAACCAGAAUGACCUUUUUGAGUACCGCUUCCAGACGGGACAGUGGAUUGAGUGGAAGUUUACGGGGAGAGCUCCAGUCCCUCGGUCUGCACAUGGGGCUGCGGUUUAUGAAGGGAAGCUCUGGAUAUUCGCCGGCUAUGAUGGCAACUCUCGGCUCAAUGACAUGUGGACCAUUCCUCUUGGGGGGGACAACCGAGUGUGGGAGGAGAUCAGCCAAACUGGUGAUUGCCCCCCAACCUGCUGUAACUUCCCGGUGGCUGUGGCGCGUGACUCCAUGUACGUGUUCAGCGGCCAGAGUGGAGCCAAGAUCACCAACUCACUCUUCUACUUCACCUUCAAGGACAGAUGCUGGACACGCAUCUCCACGGAACACAUCCUCCGCGGCGCCCCUCCCCCACCUACCAGACGCUACGGCCACACGAUGAUCGCCUUCGACCGCCACCUCUACGUCUUUGGCGGUGCGGCAGACUCCACCCUCCCAAACGACCUUCACUGCUUUGACCUAGACAGCCAAACGUGGUCGGUGAUCCAGCCGGCCCCAGACUCCCAGGUUCCCUCCGGUAGGCUGUUCCAUGCCGCUGCUGUCGUCGGUGAUGCCAUGUUUGUGUUUGGUGGCACUGUGGAUAAUAACGUGCGGAGUGGCGAGAUGUAUCGAUUCCAGUUCUCGUGCUACCCUAAGUGCACUCUCCACGACGACUUUGGGAAGCUUCUGGAGAGCCAACAGUUCACCGAUGUGGACUUCCUGGUGGGGGACGAGGAGCAGCGCAUCCCGGCCCACGUGGUCUUUGUGGCAGCGCGCUCGCAGUACCUGAGAAACCGUAUCCGCCAGGCCAUGGAGGCGAGAGACAAGCACUUGGAGAAGGUCCUGGGCACCGUCAACCUUCACACCCAUGACCUGCCGACACUGGAGGUCAAGCUGGCGGAUGCUGUGCCCGAGGCCUUUGAGAUGGUCCUGAACUACGUGUACACCGACCGCAUCGACCCGUUCCGCUGCAAGAAGGACCAGAACCCAAACAAGAUUGUCCUCAUCAUGAUGGAUGUGUACCGGCUGGCUGUGCAGUGCCACAUGCGUCGUCUGGAGCAGCUGUGUGUCCAGUACUUGGAGGCCACCAUCAACCACCGCAACGUUCUGGUGGCUCUGUGCAACGCCGCCAGCCUCAAGCUCUUCUUCAUCAAGGAGUUCUGCCUCAAGUUCAUUGUGCGGGAGAGUAACUACAACCAAAUCGUCAUGUCUAAGGAGUUUGAGAUGCUGGACAAGCCGCUCAUGGUGGAGAUCAUCCGCCGGAAACAGAUGCCACAGAUGAGGUCACUGCAGGAGCCUCAGUUUGAGUCUUCAGGCACCACACUGGAGGAGGACAUGGAGCAGUUCCUGAAGUCUGUUGGCCAAGACUUCUGCGACAUCACCCUCAUGCUGGACGGCACUCCCCUCAGGGCCCACAAGGCGGUGCUGGCGGCGCGUUGCUCCUACUUUGAGGCCAUGUUCCGCUCCUUUAUGCCCGAGAACAGCAUGGUGCAGAUUGCCAUAGGAGAGAUGAUCCCGUCUCAGCAAUCCUUCGACUCCCUGCUGCGCUACAUUUACUAUGGGGACGUGGACAUGCCGCCCGAGGACUCCCUGUACCUGUUCUCGGCCCCUUACUUCUACGGCUUCACCAACAAUAGGCUGCAGGCGUUCUGCAAGCAAAAUUUAGAGAUGAACGUGACCUUCGAGAACGUGAUCCAGAUUCUCGAGGCGGCUGACCAGAUCCAGGCCACCGACAUGAAGAAAUACGCACUUAAUCUUAUUGUCCAUCACUUUCCGAAGGUGGCUCAGCUCCCGAAGCUCCGAUGUCUUAGCCGGGCGCUCCUGCUGGACAUUCUGGAGGCACUUGCUGAGGACAUGUCUGACUCCAAGCUGUGCCACGACAUGUCCUCCAUUAGUCUGAGCACCUCGGACUCAGGAUGAAGCUUUCCUCGCGUCAUCCUGUACCGGGAGUGUCUGGAAACCACGAGUCACGGGUUAGCAUCCUGUACAAACAUAAUACGGUGCUUGUACAAACCCACAUAGUCGCCUGUGUCUCUCCUGUCCGCUGGGGGAAGGUUACUCCACCUAGCGUGUCUCCUACAAGGCCUAGCAAUAACUGGUAAUCUCGUUAACUCUUUGCUUUAUUUACUGAUUGGUGGAGCCAGUGAUGAUGCCUUUUGAGUCUUGGAACCCUCAAAAGGUCUUACAGGCAGGGAGACUAUGCCCUCAGAGGAUGUAGGUUCUUUAGGAGGAGGGAGAACGGAAGCACUUUUCUGUGGUGCUUCAAUGUGGCAGCUUUAAUUCUUCUUGUUGGGUGUUGAGCCCCAAAGGAAGAAGCAUUUAGUGUGUUGUUAAGUAUUCUGUCUGUUCCUUACUAGUGUGUGAACCCUGAGAGAAUGAGAGAGAGAUACCGUAUUCCCAUUUUGGUGUUCAUCGUAUUCAGUGUUCGUAGCUCCCAGAAUUACUAAGCAUCAAGAUUCUGGUCAUUCCUUUACUCCUGGUCCUUUUCAUCAUCAGCAGCUUAAGAAUAUUACGCUUAUAAAGGCUGUGGCCUAACGCUACCUGAAGCAUGCAUGGUGACAAGGUUGAAUCCUUCGUAUAUGCUAUCCAAGAGUAACAUUUUAUUAUAUAGAGAAUUAAACCCUACACAGAGGUAUGCAGAGGAGUUAUUGGAGUUAUAGCUAUAUCAGAGUGUAUAGUAUGUGUUGAAAGGGAUGUAUGAGUAAGGGAAAGAGAGAGGUAAUGUAUCUUAGAGUUGCAUUUGAGAGUAUAAUGUGAGUUGCUUGAAGUGUAUGAAGCGGAGGUAUGGAAAGAAUUAACGUUUGAGAGAGUACAGUAUAUAUUUACAGGCUGAUGUGAGGAAUGUAUGAUCAAGAAUGCAUGUGAAAGUGAAGUGUAUAAGGCAGAUGUAUACAGAGAGAGAGUUAAUGUCUGAGAGUACAGUAUAUAUCAAGGCUGCUGUGAGGAAUAUAUGAGUUAAUAUAUCCAUGGAGUUACAUUUGAGAGAAUAAUGGAUGCUGUGAGGAGUGUUGGAGGCAGAGAAAUAGAGAGAAAGAGUUAAUAUUUUCACAGUAACGUCUAAGAGUACAGUAUAUAUCAAGGCUGCUGUGAGGAAUGUAUGAGUUAAUAUAUCCAUGGAGUUACAUUUGAGAGAAUAAUGGAUGCUUUGAGAAGUGUUGGAGGCAGAGAAAUAGAGAGAAAGAGUUAAUAUUUUCACAGUAAUGUCUGAGAGUACAGUAUAUAUCAAGGCUGCUGUGAGGAAUGUAUGAGUUAAUAUAUCCAUGGAGUUACAUUUGAGAGAAUAAUGGAUGCUUUGAGAAGUGUUGGAGGCAGAGAAAUAGAGAAAAAGAGUUAAUAUUUUCACAGUAAUGUCUAAGAGUACAGUAUAUAUCAAGGCUGCUGUGAGGAAUAUAUGAGUUAAUAUAUCCAUGGAGUUACAUUUGAGAGAAUAAUGGAUGCUGUGAGAAGUGUUGGAGGCAGAGAAAUAGAGAGAAAGAGUUAAUAUUUUCACAGUAAUGUAUAAGAAAGUACAGUAUAUAUCAAGGCUGCUGUGAGGAAUAUAUGAGUUAAUAUAUCCAUGGAGUUACAUUUGAGAGAAUAAUGAAUGCUAUGAGAAGUGUUGGAGGCAGAGAAAUAGAGAGAAAGAGUUAAUAUUUUCACAGUAAUGUAUAAGAAAGUACAGUAUAUAUCAAGGCUGCUGUGAGGGAUAUGUGAGUUAAUAUAUCCAUGGAGUUACAUUUGAGAGAAUAAUGAAUGGUGCGAGAAGUGUUGGAGGCAGAGAAAUAGAGAGAAAGAGUUAAUAUUUUCACACAGUAAUGUAUAAGAAAGUACAGUAUAUAUCAAGGCUGCUGUGAGGAAUGUAUGAGGAAAGAAAGUAUAGUUAGUAUGAAGUAUUUUCAUCUCAAAGUCGUGUACAUUACUUUCCUUCCUUCCUCAGCAUGUCGAAUCACUACAUAUGUCCCCCUUAACCCUCCCUUCAACCCCUAUACUGUAUCAUUCUCUGUCCUGUACAUUACUUUCCUUCCUUCCUCAGCAUGUCGAACCACUACAUGUCCCUCCCCUUAACCCUCCCUUCAACCCCUAUACUGUAUCGUUCUCUGUCCUGUACAUUACUUUCCUUCCUUCCUCAGCAUGUCGAAUUACUACAUGUCCCUCCCCUAACCUUCCCUUCAACCCCUAUACUGUAUCGUUCUCUGUCCUGUACAAUACUUUCAUUCCUUCCUCAGCAUGUCGUAAUCACUACAUGUCCCCCUAACCCUCCCUUCAACCCCUAUACUGUAUCAUUCUCUGUCCUACAUAACCUCUUGGAACGGAGGGAGGAUGCUUGAGCUCAAAGUCUGUAUCCUUAAACGUAUCAGAGCUUCCGUUAACCUGUUUGAAAAGCCCCUCGGAGAAGUUGCUGGGGUUUUCAUGGGCUGUUUUGUGAUGCCAGUGGUCGCUUGAACCUGACCUGCAUUUUGACCGGGAAAAUCACGCAUGAAAACCCAGUUAAUCUUCUCUGUGGGGCUUGGAAAAUAGCCUCUCGUAGAAGUUGCUCUGGUUUCCAUGGCCUGUUCUGUGACGCCAGUGGUAGCUUUUACCCAACUUCUGCAUCUUGACCAGGAAAAUCACCCAUGAAAAUCUGGUUAAUCUUCUCUAUGAGGCUUGGAAAAUAGCCUCUCAUAGAAGAUCCUGGGGUUGUCAUGGCCUGUUCUGUGACGCCAGUGGUAGCUUUUACCCGACUUCUGUGUCUUGACAAGGAAAAUCACCCAUAGAAACCCGAUUAACCUUCUCUGUGGCCUUGGAAAACGGUCGCAAUGGGAGACUGAUGCGUUUAAGAAUAUGGACCCAAAUCUUUUUAGGUACAUAUGUGUUUCUCGUUCGUGAUAUACAUAGUUAUGAGUGUUUCCUUGAUAAGUAUGACCAGCUGGAAGGGUGUGAGGAUGGUGGUGCUUAGAUUCAAGACAAUAAUUAAACAUGACAAGAGGA